CUACUAGGUACAGAGUACAACAACACAAUACGUAUAUACCUCGACACUUUAUAUCUAUAUCUCUGAUUUGCUGGUGAGUUUGAUGCAUAACACUGUUAAUUGUCUAGCUAUACUGUAUGGACACCAGAUGUAGCUGACAGUGUCAUCAUAUUGUAGUUUAUAAGCAGCAAAACCAAGUGAAAUGAAUCUGUCGCAAGAGGCUGGAGAGUUAUCUUCCGAACUUCUCUACAUCAACUUCAACCAAGAUGUAACAUCUAUUUCUGUGGGUGUCAGGACUGGUUAUAAACUGUACCCCCUAACCUCAACAGAGCAUAUUGAGCCCAGCUUUGAGAAAGAUGGAGGCCAUGAAGUGUGUAUAAUUGAGAGGUUAUUCUCAAGCAGUCUUGUUGCCAUGGUGGAGCUCAGUAACCCCAGGAAACUAAGAGUCUGUCACUUUAAGAAAAACUCAGAGAUAUGCACAUACAGUUACCCGGAUACGAUUCUCUCGGUGAAGCUGAGCAGACAGAGGUUGGUGGUGGUCCUUCGUCAAAAUCUGUACAUACACAACAUCAGAGAUAUGAAAGUCAUGCACACCAUUAGAGACACUCCCAAGAAUGCAUCAGGAUUGUGUGCACUGUCUGCUGACAACGAGAACGGAUUUAUAGCGUAUCCUGGAAGCAGUCAGAAUGGUGAGAUCCAGGUGUUUGAUGCUGUGAACCUGAAGGCUGUGGCUGUGAUUCCAGCCCACGACUCGCCUCUUGCUGCCCUCACUUUUAACUCCACAGGAACCAAAUUAGCGUCAGCCUCAGCAACAGGUACUGUGAUCCGUGUGUUCAGCAUUCCACAAGGAGAGAGGUUGUUUGAGUUCAGAAGAGGUAUGAAGAGGUUUAUCCAUAUCAACUGUCUGGCGUUCAGCCCUGACGAUGUGUACCUAGCCUCCUCCAGCAGCACAGAGACAGUGCACGUGUUCAGAUUAGUGGAGCCCCCACAAGAGAAAACAGCAGAGGGUCAACAAGGUUGGUUCAGCUACCUGAGCAAGACCCUCUCCCCUGCUGCAAUUCUGCCCUCCCAAAUGACUGAUGCAUUCACUCAAAUCAGAGCAUUUGCACACCUUAAGUUACCACGAUCAGGUCUCAAGAGUGUGUGCAGUGUUGUAAGUAUUGAGGGUGUUCACAGAGUGUUAGUGGCCACAUCCGAUGGGUCCCUCCACAUGGGGGACAUUGAUCCCCGUGAAGGAGGGGACUGCAAGUACCACCGGGAGUUCAGACUUGUCGGCGGAGAGGACGUACCAACGGCAGGUCUUGCGAGCACAUCAGUUCCUUCCACAGAGCAGCAAACAUAUGCAUCAGUAAUUUCUAAGCCUGAAUCAGGCCACUCCCCAUCUGUGUCACAUGACAGUCAUUUGGCAUCACCUGACCCACAGAGACAAUCGUACACAGAAGAUGAUGAUGAACAACCCCCUAGUGCACAAACAAUACACAGCUAGCCCACGACUCAAGCACUAGGAUGGUGCAUACUGUUUCUUAUAUCAUUAUAGCGUUAUUAUUCCGA